AUGUCCGCUUUCAAGCGUUCAUUAUUCAGUCAGCAGCAUACUCGUAUUUUUGAUAUACAACAACACUAUUUAAAGCAUAAAAAACUGGUUGAAUCACGUGAAGCCACGCCCAAAAAUAAUCACACUAAGGAACGAAAACGCAAAGUGUCACGCCUCCGCCAGUUGGCCGUCUUUUCGGCCGUACGCCAUUGGUUUGCAGAAAAUCUCCGCAAUUACUGCAAUAGCACAUCGCUGCAUGGCUUCAAUUAUGUCACCCUCAAAGGUUCCACGGCGAAUGAGCGUCGCUUUUGGAUAGCCACUGUUAUUGUAUCGAUUAUCAUCUCGAUUGUUUUGGUGACUGUUUCAUGGUUUUCGAAUCGAGAGAACCCGACCGUGACGGUGAUUGAGAGUGCGCAUUAUCCCACUUGGAAUAUACCAUUUCCGGCAGUAACCAUUUGCAAUUUCAAUAAGAUAUCCAAGAUGAAAGCAUUGAUUUUGGCUAAAAUACUUAAACGUCCCUCAACCGUGUCUGAAGAGAAACUUUUAAGUCUUUUUCGCUUAACAAUGUUCUUCAACUUUGCCUUAAAUCACUCAAAAGAAGAUCUGCGCAUUUUCAAAGAUAUUCUUACCAUUAACAAUAUCACUAUGUCGCAAUUAACUGAACAACUGAAACCCGAUUGUAUGGAAAUGAUGUCGAAAUGUAUAUGGAAGGCCACUAGUAUGCGUUGUGACAGUGUCUUUCAGCCCGUUAAAGCCAUAGAGGGUGUCUGCUGCUCAUUUAACUAUUAUGCGCGGGCAACCAAUAACUUUCCAAGAAAAAUCGCUUAUCAAAUUCCGAAGCGUCCAUAUCGUGUUACUGGCUGCGGCUAUGCCACCGGCCUCUCUGUUGUACUCAAUCCCAUGGCAAGUGACUAUUUCGGCACUUAUCUGAGCAGUUAUGGCUUUCGUCUGCUAAUUCAUGAUGCGUACAAUUUUCCCGACGAAAAUUCUGAUUCAAAAGUUGUUAGUUCCGGGCAUGAAACUUUCGUGCGCAUAAAUCCCGAAUCGACAUAUGCGACGAAUGAUAUUAGAAAAAUUGAUGUCAAAAUGCGUGGUUGUUUAUUUUCCGACGAAAGGGAGUUGUCUUGGAUGCAACGUUAUUCAUUCGUCAAUUGCAUGUCCGAGUGUCGUACAACUAUUCUCUAUAAUCGUUGUGGAUGCAUACCUUUGGAUUUGCCGAAUAAUGGCAGCUUUUCAACCUGUGACUUGAAUGAAAUGCAAUGUGUUGUGAAGACGAGAGAUAUUUUCUCAUUGGCUUUACCUACAAACAAUAAAACACUAACGGUUAUGCAAAAAACUGACGGAUUUCCAUGUGGCUGCUUGCCGGAUUGUGAGUUUAAUAACUAUCCCUCAGAAAUAACUAUGGGACAACUAGAUUCGAAAUUGAUUUCUGCUAGACGGCGUGAAAACAAAUCCGUCAGUGCUAAUGAGCAAAUAAUCUUACACGUUUUCUUCAACGAUUUGAUGUCUAAACGCUAUCGCAAGGAUAUAUUCCAAGACUGGCUGUCAUCCCUGGCUUCUUUCGGUGGACUUUUAGGAUUAAUUAUGGGUUUUAGCUUAGUGACUGCUUUCGAGUUUCUAUACUUUCUUACAUUCAGACCGAGCUUUAAUUAUUGUAAUGAUGGUUGA